CCUUAUCCACCAAAGUUCAAAUAUUAGAUGAUUAAAAAUCAUCUUUUCGUAUUAAAUUUGAAAUUAAUCAGUAAUAGAUUUAUUGAUUAUGUAAAACUAAUGAAAGAUAACAUCUUAUAUGAGAAUAUAUAUAAUUAUGACACGCAACAUAAUAUCAAUUUUAAAGUUAACUGAAAAAAAUCAUCAUGUUGAAGUUUUUAAUUCUCUUGACAAUUUCUGCCUCAGCAAUUGCUGACCCAUUAAGAAAUAAUAUUCCUGUAAAAAACAACACACGGAUAUACGGUGGACAAAAAACGUCAAUUGAAUUUGUUCCUUAUCAAGUAAGUUUGGUCAACAAUUUCGGACAACUAUUUUGUGGAGGCGCAAUCAUCUCAAAUAAGUGGGUACUGACAGCCGCUAUUUGUGGUGUUACUGAUGAACAUACAAUUCGAGCAGGCAGUACUUUUAACAACAAGGGUGGAUCUCUUCACACAGUUAUCAAUGUGAUUAACCACAAAGAUUUCAGAAUCAUUGAACAUGGAAUUCCAUUAAAUGAUAUUGCCUUGAUUAAAGUAUUUGAACCAUUUCACUUUGACAAAACUCGUCAACCCGUUCAACUUUUAAACGCUAAUGAACAAAUUAAGCCUGGUUCAGUUGGUCUGGUUGCAGGAUGGAGCGAAACAGAAAAUGGAGACUAUCCAAACUAUUUAUUGAGUGUUGCCGUCUUGACUAUUCCUAAAAGUCAGUGUGAUGACAGCUACAACACAAUCGGUGGACUUCCACAGGGACAAAUUUGCGCAGGUAAUCCGGAUGGUCAAUUUGAUGCUUGUACCGGAGAUGCUGGCAGUCCACUGGUUAUCAAUGAUCGACUUGUUGGAAUUGUUUCCUGGGGAUACGGUUGUGGUUUACCUAACUACCCAGGAGUCUAUACUGAUAUUUCAGCCUAUAGAUUUUGGGUUUAUCAAAAACUGCAGGAAAACUCUAAAUAA